GCGACGCUCCAGUCCUGGCAGAUCGACUUCGAGCGGCUCCGCGUCGUCGCGAAGAUCGGCGCGGGCGCCGCGGGCCAGGUCUACGAGGGCGAGUUCCUCGGCGCGCGCGUGGCCAUCAAGCAGCUCUUCAGCUCCUUCAUCGACCCGUCGGAUCUCGACGAGUUCUCGCGCGAGGUGACGCUCCUCCACAAGCUGAAGCACCCCCACGUGCUCACGUUCUACGGCAUCUCGCGCCGCGACGUCUACUGCUUCAUCGUCACGGAGCACUGCCCCUACGCGCUCGACGCGCUGCUCCGCGGCGAGGCGCCGGCGGCGCGGCGCGGCACCGGCCGGGCGGCGCGGCCGCCGCGGCUGAGCGUCAACGACCGGUCGCUGAUCCUGUUCCAGGUCGCGCUGGCGUUGACGUACCUCCACGCGGAGCGCGUGCUGCACCACGACCUCAAGCCGGGCAACAUCCUCCUCGACAAGGACCUGGGCGCCAAGGUGUCGGAUUUCGGGCUGAGCCAGCUC